AUGGAGCAAUAACUAAUAGAAAACAAAAAUAAUAAACAUAACACAGUCUUUGACGACUUUCUAGAAAAUAGGAUCAAACAUGGAUGGGCUCAAAUAUUAAUUGCAAGCAGCUUUUACAUCAUUUGGCUUUGCGAUGGUGGAGAAAGCUUAAUAGUAGCAUUUGUGCUACCAAUCAUCAAAAAAGAAUGGAGUCUCACUGAUUCAUAAAUGUCGCUUGUUGGAUCUUUAAUAUUUUUAGGAUGGGGAAUAGGAGCAAUAGCUUGUGGAUAGUUUUCUGACAGAUUUGGAAGAAGGAAGACUAUGAUUUAUGGAUGCUUUUUUUAAUUUGUGUUUGGAUUCUUAUCAACCUUUUGUACAGGAUAUAUGUAGUUUUUAUUGCUUAGAGGGCUUUUUGGAUUUGCAAAUGGUUUAGUUAACCCCCUUACCUCAACUUAUAUUUCAGAAAUAGUGCCUAAAAGUAAUAGAGGUCGCUUUUUUGUUCAUGUAUUUAAUGCCUUUCCUAUAGGGGAGAUAAUAAUAGUUAUUUUUGCAGCUAUUUUCUUUUCAUCUCUUGAUUCGGGAAAUUGGAGAGCUCUACUUUUUAUUGGAAGUAUUCCUGGCUUGUUGGCCUUUCUUUCAUCUAUUUACUAUCUUAUUGAAAGCCCAAGAUAUUAACUUUGUUGUACAAGCAAUACUUCAGAAGAAGUAUUUGCAAACCUUAACUACAUGGGAAAGCUCAACAAUGAAUAAUUUGAACCAAUUACUUAAACUGAAAAGGAAUAUCUUAAAGAAUGGGGCAAAUAAAAUUAUAAAAUUUAAGAAAAAAAAAUAGGAGAUAUCAAAGAAUUGUUUAGAGGUAAAAACUAUUUAUUGACUUUAAAAUUGAUGAUGAUGUGGUUCAGUUUAAGUUUUGUUUACUAUGGCAUCGUAUUUAUUCUCCCUUUAAUGAUUCUUUAAAUGAGAAAAGAAGAAGGCUUUGAAAGUAACGAAUCUGAGUCAAAAUCGAUGGAUUUUUUUGGAAUUUUUCUAGCAUGCUUUGCAGAAAUACCCUCAAAUAUGCUAGCAUUCUACACCAUUGAGAAUCCAAAAUUUGGUAGAAAAAAUUCUAUGAUUAUUUGUUAUGGAAUUUGCUCUAUUUGCUGUAUUCUCUGCUACUUCAAUGCAUCUCUAUCAGGAUUUUUCUUUUUCUUAGUAGGAUGUGUGAAAUUUUUCAUAAAUUUUAGUUUUUGUACAAUAUUUCCAUUCACAGCUGAGGUUUAUAUCACAGCUCUUAGAACAACAGGAAUAGGCGUUAAUAAUUCCGUGUGUAGAUUUGGUGGAGUAAUCAUGCCUUGGAUCUCUAUUUUAUUAUUGGAAGUAGGAGUUACAGGUCCUUUUAUUGCUUUUGCAAUUAUUAGUGCUUUGAGUGCAUUAAGCGCUUACACCAUAGAGAAAGACACAACUAAUAUUAAUUUAGACACUUAUAAUAACGAUGAAAAUGAUUUAGAUUAGACCAUGAUAUAAGAAAUGAACAAAUUAUGA